AUGGUCUUGAUCAAGCUGUAAGUGGCGUUCUUAGGUUUUAAUCGUUUAUUUCCGUAAUAAAUAAUUUGUUUUCUCUUUAUUUCAGCAGCAUAUUGGUAGCUGCAUUUGCAAGCUUACUGUAUUUCACGGCAAAAGUCAGAUACACCGCCGAAAAUGUGGUCAAGUAAGCUUUUGUUAUCGUUUAUUUUUUUGGUUGCACAAACAAAAACACCGCCAAUAAUCCUGUCUUUGAUUAAGAACUAGGUUUUCGUAACUCUUUCAACCGUAAAGGUAGUAGAAUUUCUGGGCAAUUCUUGCGAUAGGCGGUCCCCGAUUUUUCAGCAGUGACGGAUAUAAUCCAGUGCACUGCAAUGCGAAAAAACAUGGCAUUUUCUAUAAAGGAAGUAUCAAAAAUUGUAGCAAAAUGCCUCCCUCUCCAAAUAAAAAGCUCCGUUUCGAAGGGCGCGCUUUUCAAAUCGGAGUUUUUUCACUUGAACGGGGAGGUAUUUUGUAACAUUUUUUUGAUGCUUCUCGGAUGCAAAAUGGUACGUUUUGUUCCAAUAGGUCAGGUGCGCCACUGUACUAGUUUAUACAAAGCAUGUAUGUAUGUAUAUCUGGAACACCGGAAGAGAGCCGCUAUGUUCACACAUGAGCGAUUUGCUGGUUAUGAUCUUGUGUGCUAAUCGUGGUAUAAAGCGUUAAGAUGCUGAUUAGAUGCAUAGUAUCGGUCCGUCGAGAACGUAAUGAACACAAUGUCGCUUCGCCGACCGUGUCGCUGAAUUGGAAAGUAACUUGAUUUUAUCCGAGACACAAUCAAUUUCCUCGGCGACAAUGCGAUUUCCUAUGUGGCACAGUGCUCAUUAUUUUCCCGACGGAGUGCUAGCCAGCGAAUAUAUUGUCUGCAAUACAUAUUUUCACCAACAAAUGGCUAAACCUGAAAUUUCAGCAUCUCUCCUUCCCGUCCUCUAACCGGGAAGCUCUCUCAGACCCCUAAAAAUACAAUUCAAACAAUCGAAAAGUUAUUCGAAGGCCAGCUGCUGGGCCCUGAAUGUCAAGUCCUCCACAACGGCGCUCUAUAUUCUUCCUCCAUCUCCGGGCAUCUCAUCAAAGCGGUCGAUGGGAAAAUUGUCAAAUCUUUGGAGAUCUACAAGCACAAUCCUGAAUGCAGUAUGUUUUUAGACAUACCGGUUGAAAACUCGCUGUUUUAGGAGAGCUACAAUGUUCCCAUCCGCUAGGAAUGCGGUACUGGAAAGACGAAAAGUUUGUGUUUGCAGACGGACGUCUGGGAAUAAUUGUGGUUGAUUUCGAAAAUGGUAGGUUCAAAUACUGUCGUACGUCAAACUGAGAUAAGCUAAAACGAUGAAUGGACUGGCAAUUCGCCAAAAAAGUGGCAAAAAACUUUUUGUCGAGGAAGAAAUGAGGAUUUUUUGGGGCGAGAGAGUACGUUUUGCGCGUCUUUUCUCUGUCUUCUCUGUGAAAUCAAGACGAAGUGUAAAAAACCGAUAGCGAAGGGUCUAUUCCGGUCACCGGACUCCUCAGUUUGACGUGGCAUCGUCUUGGCUGCAAAUCUUACCUUAGAAUUAGUAAUUAAGUCAACUGAAUCAACAUUUAGUAAUGUAGUAAAAUAAUAUCAUUCCGUCGGGAAAAUAAUGCGAAUUUAUCGCAACAAAGUAUCAAGCCUCCCGCAGUCGCUCACCAAAUCUCCAGCCACGAUUAGUCAUCGCAAGGCGACAUUUGGCGAUUCCAAGGCUCGAAAAGUCCAUAUUAUUUUCCCGACAUACUGAUAUAUCAUGAUACGAUAUAUCUCUGAGAACCGCUUAUUUUUCGAUUUUCAGAAUCGUUUAAGCAAGUCUACUCGGCCAGCACUGUUAUUGGCGAUUGGAGUAAUAUGUUUGCCGAUGACAUUGAGUUCAUUGACAAUGAGACCAUCAUCUUCUCGGACAUGACUCCAAAAUACGGCUUUAAAGACUAUCAAGUCGGCUUUUUUGAAAUGGCAAAGGACGGACGGUAAGAUUACUAACUUAUCACGGUAUUUCCAAUGCUUUUAAUCCAAGUAUGUAUUAUUAUUAACAUUAAUAUCUUGCCUUAAGUCUAAUCAAGCUCAAUUUGAACACCGGAGCGUACGAACUUUUCGUUGACAACCUACUCACUCCGAACGGCCUUAUUGCUCAUCCCGAUAAGCAAUCACUGAUCGUCUCAUCCACCGCCGCUCUACAAUUACUCCGCGUUUAUUAUGCCGGACCCAAAAAGGGAUCAGUCGAGGUAUUUGCGGAUGGGCUGCCUGGAAUCCCGGACAAUUUACGAGCAACUUCGUCUGGCAAAACUUUCUGGAUCUCUCUGUACGUUGCGGGCACGCCACUGCCUCAGAGACUCGGGCAAUACCCCAAGAUUAGGAAGUGGCUGUCUUAUGUGAGUUUAGUUCUAUUUGUAAGCAUUUUUCGCGAAAUGUCGAAGACGCGAGAGUCGAAGUCUGAAAGAGCUUUGAAUUCUACGAAUUUUUGGGUCAGCAACAGAUGGGGUCAGCGGUACUAUGGAUCCCUUUGGUUCGGGAGGCAAGGAGAACGCUUGUAAAGUAUAAAUAAUAAGCUUAAUCGGGCCCUAAGAUAGCUACCACCCGUUUUGAAAUAUUUUACAUGUACUCAGACCACAUAGCUUUGUUUUUUACCGCAAAUUUAAGUCUUUUAUAUGUUACAGUGCCUCAGGAAAACUAACGUCAGAAAUAGCUAAAAUUCGAAAAAUUGGACAUAUUGCAAGUCUUCGCCGAGCGUCCGCCGACCAUGCAGCUUGUUUGCAAGGCCUCGUGAGCGCUUCCUACAACCUUUUUUGUGGGUAUCCACCUGCCCUACGCCCGUAUCAAUCGAUUUCGUGAUGACCCAAACUGUCAGCGAUCCGAAAGCUACGCGCAAAAAUCGUAUCGCCGCCGAAAAAACAAAAUUUUUCAUCCCAAAAUUUUCGGGUUUUUUUUUGACAAUGAGUUUUAAAAUCCUGUGUAAACUUUUUUGCCUGAGAUUUGCAAAAAUAAAAGCUCAGAACUCUUGUGGUCAUUUAUAUUAUCUUCACUAAUUUCUCGUCUUUCAGUACUCCCAGCUGUUAGUUCCACUGACGCUUUCUCUCGCCCCAAAUCAUCAGGUCUUUAUCGAGAUGGACUUUGACGGAGACGUGGUUUCAUCCAUCCACGAAACCGAAGGACGUCUAAAAGGGACCACUAAUGUGAGUAUUUUAUAGCGCUGUAACUGCACAAACUCAAACAUUUUCGUUGAUUUUAAUUCACUUUUAGGUGAUUGAUGACGGGAAAUACUUGUACUUUGGAAGUGUGCAUAGAAACUACAUUGGUAGAGCGUUGAAACCAGAGGCUUAA